AACAAGUUAUAACUAGGAACAUGGCAUAUAUAGAAGCGGACUGAAGUCAAGCGUCACGCGUGUGCACCGGGCACAUGACACGCAGUCCCAAAGUCUACGCUGGCACAAUGUACAUUUGCAACGUUUUUUCUGCGAUCGUUCUAGUUCUUGCCGAGAACAUUCUGGCACAAGAAAAUACAUGCCCGAACAGGACAAAAAACCAAAUUGAGGAUGCCGGCAAUAAUGGGUGUGUUUAUUACUGUCGGACGAGUCGCUACCAUCCCUGGGGCUUUGGCUACUUCAGCGAAGGUGAUAAGUGCAAAAUCGACGCCACCAGAAACGGAACUUGCAGUGCUGGUUACUGCUACCUGAGAUCUCCAACGGCACCUUCAAAGCCUCCAGAGGAACCUUCUAAAGUGACGACAGUGAAACCUUCGCGAGGAAGCAAGAAGAAAAGCAAAGCAGAUAAAGAAGACAAAGAAAGGAAAGAGAAAAAAAAUAACAAGGAAGUGCCUGUCGUCGUUCCUGACCGAGUAGUGAACGAGACCCUGUGUCCCAACAGGACGUGGGACCCUACAAGGGACAGUAGUAUGCGCCGCUGUGUUUACUUCUGUUGGAAAGAAAAUCUAUGGAUCAUGGGCUUUUUCUUUAAUGGAACGACGUGCUGGUACAACGAAGACACAAAUGGAACGUGCUUUAACGGUUACUGCCACAGAACACUACCGACCGCCGUCAGCUUCCCUCCCCCCACGGUUUCAAAGAAAGCCACUACAACUACAACCGAGAAUAUGCCGGAGAAUUCGCUCAACACUCAACCCACGACAACCACCAAAGGCCCGACUACCACGCAAAAGAAGGAGAAAAAGAAAAAGAAAGAGAAGAAGGAGAAAAAAGAGGACGACGUCAAAAAGAAGGAAGAGAAAAAGAAUGAGGAGGAGAAGAAGAAAAAGAAAAAGAAAAAAGAAAAGGACGAGCAUAGAAUAGUACCACAAUACUGGUAGGAACUAAAACAAAACAAUAAUUUUGGCGAAAUCAAUAAACCCUAUUAGAAAAGACAAAAAA